AAUUUUCAGAUCUGACACCCUGUUUUAAUACUUUGAAUCCUGCACCUUUCCCUUUAUUUCUUCUUCUUCUUUUUUCUUUUCUUUUGAUACAUUUAUUUGUUUCAUCAUCUCUGUUCUAUCAAAUUGCUGCUCAUUACCACAAAUUUAUUCCACCAGCAUCAGAAUAAAACAAUUAUCCAUCACGCCAUUUUUCUAAAUAACAAUCAAUUUUCUAUUAUGCAUCAAUUUAACACAAAAGACCAGCUCCACGCGUCUUACUUUACAUGCCAACUUCUCUCUCUUCCCUCCCCUAAGAUUUAAAGCACCUCCUCCGUCACCCAACGCUACAUCAUCCAUGGCUACUCUCAACAUCAAUCUCUGCUCCUUCAUCUUUCUUCUCAUCCUCUUCACAAUCCAACCAUCUCACCGCUCCCACGCCAUAGCCUCCGGCACCGGCCGAUGGCAAAUCCUGCAAACCAGUGUAGGCAUAUCCGCCAUGCACAUGCAACUCCUCCACAACGACCGCGUCGUCAUCUUCGAUCGGACUGAUUUCGGCCGAUCAAAUCUCUCAUUGCCCAACUCUCAAUGCCGCAACGACGUCAACGAUACUGCUCUCGCCGUUGACUGCACCGCUCACUCUAUUGAAUACCAUGUUCUUUCUAAUAUGUUUCGGCCUCUCACGGUACAAACCGAUGUUUGGUGCUCCUCUGGUGCUGUCAUGCCCAAUGGUAGUCUGAUCCAGACCGGAGGUUUCAAUGACGGGGAACGGAGAGUCAGAGUUUUCAACCCAUGCGACGGCUGUGAUUGGGAAGAAAUCGACAACGGAUUAGCUGCCCGCCGAUGGUAUGCUACUAAUCAUAUUCUGCCGGACGGCCGGCAGAUUAUCAUCGGCGGCAGAAGACAAUUCAACUACGAGUUUUAUCCCAAAACCAGUGCUGCACCCGAUACUUACACAUUACCUUUUUUGUUGCAGACACGUGACCCAGAAGAGAAUAAUUUAUACCCUUUUGUUUACCUUAACGUUGAUGGUAAUCUCUUUGUUUUUGCUAAUAAUCGAGCCAUCUUGCUCAAUUACACCACUAACAAGGUGGUGAGGAGGUACCCCAUGAUUCCUGGUGGUGAGCCUCGGAGCUACCCAAGCACUGGAUCUUCAGUCCUGCUUCCAUUAAAGAUUACCCCACAAGGUGUAGUAGAAGUUGAGGUUUUGAUAUGCGGGGGUGCUCCCAAAGGAUCUUACAAUCAAGCUAGCUCCAAUGGUGUUUUUAUGGACGCUCUGAACACCUGCGGACGGAUCAAGAUAAACGACCCGAAUCCUCAGUGGGUCAUGGAGAGCAUGCCGCAAUCCAGAGUCAUGGGAGACAUGACGCUGCUUCCAAACGGCAACGUUUUGAUAAUCAACGGCGCCGCCAAAGGAAGUGCCGGCUGGGAACUUGGCCGAAAUCCUGUUCUCAACCCCGUAAUAUACUUGCCCGAAAAUGCAACCGGGUCAAGGUUCGAGACACAAGUCCCCUCCAUCGUUCCCCGAAUGUACCACUCUACAGCCAUUUUACUCAGAGAUGGGAGAGUACUUGUCGGCGGCAGCAAUCCCCAUACUUACUAUAACUUCACCGGAGUUCUUUUUCCGACGGAGCUAAGCCUGGAGGCAUUUAGCCCACCAUAUUUGGACUAUCAAUUCUCGAACUUGAGGCCGAAGAUCGUGUCGCCGGCGUCUCCUUAUAAGUGUUUAUACAAUCAAACGGUGAAGGUUGAAUUUACAGUGAGGACGGCGAGCACGGCCGGGAUAAACAAGGUGAAGGUGACAGUGGUGGCGCCAUCUUUUACGACCCAUUCCUUCUCCAUGAAUCAAAGGCUACUGGUACUGGGAAAGGAGGAAGUUAGGAGUUUGGGAAAAUCAAAGUACGAAAUUUUGGUGAGAACACCGGUUUCCAAAAAUCUCGCACCGCCCGGAUAUUAUCUACUCUUUGUGGUGCAUCAGGAGAUACCAAGCGAGGGCAUUUGGGUCAACAUACAGUAAUUUAUUUAUUUAUUUUUUCUUUUCUGUUUUAGUUUUCUUUCACUUCUUCAUUAUUUAAGAAAACAAACAAAAAAACAAAACAUUCUU